AUGGGAAAGAUCAUCUUCUAUGAGGACAGGAACUUUGGAGGUCGUCACUAUGAGUGCAUGAAUGACUGCACUGACCUCCACUCAAUGUUCGACCGCUGUCGAUCCAUUCGAGUGGAGAGCGGCAUGUUCAUGAUCUAUGACCGUCCUGGAUACAUGGGACAUCAGUACUUCAUGAGGAGAGGAGAAUACUCUGACUACAUGAGCAUGACAGGAAUGACUGACUGUGUCAGGUCCUGCCGCAUGAUCCCUGUGCACAGUGGUUCCUUCAGGCUUAGGCUAUAUGAGCACUUUGACAUGGGUGGCACAAUGAUGGAGCUGGCAGAUGACUGCUCCAACCUCAUGACCCGCUUCCAUAUGUCCAAUUUCAACUCAUGUAACGUGGAGGGCCACUGGCUGGUGUAUGAGCAGCCCCACUACAGAGGUCGCCACUACUACCUGCGCCCUGGACAGUACAAGAGCUUCAAUGAAUGGAGUGGCAACAGCUCCAGGAUGGGCUCCAUCAGACGUCUCAUGGAUCUCUAA